CUCUCCAAUUACACUCCUUAUUUUUUCACCCGAUAUAUAAAGUUACGACAGCUGCUUCUAUAUUUUCUCUCUCCUAGGGUUUAAUCUCCCCAAAACACACUACUUUCUCCCUCCCGCAAAAAAAUUGGGAUCCGCAAAUCGGGGAGAAUUGGUGGUGAAAUUAGGGUUUGCAAAUUGAAUCAGAUGGGAACCGAAAGAAAAAGGAAGGUGAGUUUGUUCGACGUAGUUGACGAAAACGCCAUAACUCCAGGCAAAUUAACAAAAUCAAACGGUGGAAUCUCGAUGUUGAUGAACAAUGGUGGCGCUAAUCUCACAGUUAAUCCAUGGAAUGGAAGACCUUAUUCUCAGCGAUUUUUUGAGAUUUUGGAGAAGCGAAAAUCUUUGCCUGUUUGGCAGCAGAAGGAGGAGUUUUUGAAGGUUCUUAGUACCAGUCAGACUAUUGUGUUGGUCGGUGAAACUGGUAGUGGUAAAACUACUCAGAUUCCGCAAUUUGUCUUGGAAGCUGUGGAUUUAGAUACUCCUGAUAAACGGCGGAAGAACAUGGUUGCUUGUACUCAGCCACGUAGGGUGGCAGCUAUGUCAGUUUCACGUAGAGUUGCAGAGGAAAUGGAUGUGACUCUGGGAGAAGAAGUUGGUUUCAGCAUUCGUUUCGAGGAUUGUAGUGGUCCGAGAACUGUUUUGAAGUAUUUGACCGAUGGUAUGCUUUUGAGAGAAGCAAUGACAGAUCCUCUUCUAGAGAGGUAUAAAGUUAUAAUUCUUGAUGAAGCUCACGAAAGAACAUUGGCAACAGAUGUGCUGUUUGGGCUUCUGAAGGAAGUGUUGAGAAAUAGACCAGACUUAAAGCUGGUUGUUAUGAGUGCUACUCUUGAAGCUGAGAAAUUUCAGGAUUAUUUCAAUGGUGCACCCCUUAUGAAAGUUCCUGGAAGGCUGCAUCCCGUGGAAAUCUUUUACACCCAGGAUCCUGAAAGAGACUACCUUGAGGCAGCUAUUAGAACUGUUGUACAAAUACACAUGUGUGAACCUCCUGGCGAUAUACUUGUUUUCCUUACUGGAGAGGAGGAGAUUGAGGAUGCUUGCCGUAAAAUCAAUAAAGAAGUGGGAAAUUUGGGUGACCAAGUCGGCCCCGUGAAAGUUGUCCCUUUGUAUUCUACUCUUCCUCCUGCUAUGCAGCAGAAAAUAUUUGAAUCUGCUCCACCGCCAACAAAAGAGGGAGGUCCUCCUGGGAGGAAAAUUGUGGUGUCUACUAAUAUUGCUGAAACUUCUUUGACCAUUGAUGGUAUAGUUUUUGUGAUAGAUCCAGGAUUUGCAAAACAGAAAGUCUACAAUCCUCGUGUUCGUGUUGAAUCAUUGUUGGUUUCUCCUAUAUCAAAGGCAAGUGCACACCAGAGAGCUGGUCGUGCUGGAAGAACACAGCCCGGUAAAUGCUUUAGGCUAUACACGGAGAAGAGUUUCCAUAAUGAUCUCCAGCCUCAGACGUAUCCUGAAAUCUUGCGGUCAAACCUUGCAAAUACUGUACUCACACUGAAGAAGUUGGGUAUUGAUGACCUGGUACAUUUUGACUUUAUGGAUCCCCCAGCUCCAGAGACUUUGAUGCGAGCAUUAGAGGUGUUGAAUUAUCUUGGUGCAUUGGAUGAUGAAGGGAAUUUGACAAAACUUGGAGAAAUUAUGAGUGAAUUUCCACUGGAUCCUCAGAUGGGAAAGAUGCUUGUUGUGAGCCCUGAGUUCAACUGUUCAAAUGAAAUCCUCUCAGUAUCUGCGAUGCUUUCAGUACCCAAUUGCUUUUUGCGGCCUAGGGAGGCCCAGAAAGCUGCAGAUGAAGCGAAAGCUAGGUUUGGACACAUCGACGGGGAUCACCUGACGCUGUUGAAUGUAUACCAUGCCUACAAGCAGAAUCAGGAAGACCCAGCUUGGUGUUACGAGAAUUUUAUUAACCAGAGGACAUUAAAGGCUGCAGAUAAUGUGAGGCAGCAACUUGUCCGCAUUAUGUCAAGGUUCAACCUAAAGUUAUGCAGCACUGAUUUCAACAGCAGGGAUUACUAUGUCAACAUACGGAAGGCAAUGUUGGCAGGAUAUUUCAUGCAAGUAGCACACCUGGAAAAAACAGGACAUUAUUUGACAGUGAAAGAUAACCAAGUGGUUCAUUUGCAUCCUUCAAAUUGCCUAGACCAUAAACCAGAGUGGGUUAUAUACAACGAAUAUGUGUUGACUAGCCGGAAUUUCAUUCGUACUGUUACUGAUGUCCGUGGAGAAUGGAUUGUUGAUAUAGCACCACACUACUAUGACCUUGAAAACUUCCCUAACUGCGAAGCAAAACGGGUUCUAGAGAAGCUUUACAAGAAGCGCGAUAAGGACAGGGAAGAGAGUAAGAACAGGAGGUAGACGAUGGGCAGUUUACCUUAUGACCUUCUAUGUACACUUCUGUGAGGGCAUUGAGGAGCAUUGAAAGUGCAGCUUGUUGAGGAGACCUUUGAUUCUUGCUGUUUUACAAUACAAUCUCUUGGUGGAUUUAACACUCCUGAUGCCUGAAAGCUGCUGUCAGCUUAUUUCACGUCCAAAAAUUAGUAAACUAGUGUUUGCCUGUCAUGCACAGUUACUAUUUAUUUCGCGUGUAACUCAGAUAUAUUAAGAGUAUUUUACAAAUUGUUCUGUUUUGUUGGAUAUUGUAACAUCUUUCUGUUAUAAUGCAUUGUCUUAUCUAGUUGCGACAGGUUUUUA